UUCCGCUUUCCCAACCCGGCAGCUUCGAUGCGAUGCUGGCGGAAUGUUUGAGGCGGGCUCCUCAGAAAGACCCAGGUGUUGGGACAACGUCCACGGGCAGCUAGUCCUUAUCGCUUCAGUUUUAUAACACAUCAGCAUUACCUGGUCCUGAGCCAUUUUGGACACAGGAGUCGACUGACAGACUGUGCAGCUCGUCUCUCCCUCUCUCUUUCUCCCUCUCUCCUUCGUUCUCUAUCUCUCUCUCGCCGCUGCAGUGUGGAAGGAGCCCACACACGGAAGAAGCUGGAUGGCAGCUCUCUUCCAGAAGUUCACAAUGAAGACUAGCGUAUGUCUGCUACUGCUCGCCGCUUUUCUCUGCGGAGUCGUGCAGAGCGAAGAGAAGGCAGCCGAGGAGGUGCAGGUGGAGGUGUUGGUGAAACCCGAAACUUGCUCCACACUUUCCAGUAUGGGAGACACGCUGCAAAUCCACUACACGGGUAAACUGAUGGAUGGGAAAGUGAUCGACUCAUCACUAUCGCGGGACCCUCUUGUUGUUGAGCUGGGAAAGAGGACAGUUAUUGCCGGUCUGGAGCAAAGCUUGAUUGGUGUGUGUGAAGGGCAAAAAAUCAAAGCCACUAUUCCAUCCCACCUCGCAUAUGGGAAGAAAGGUUACCCCCCUACAAUUCCAGGUGAUGCAGCUCUUGAGUUUGAAGUGGAGGUGAUCUCGCUGACGCAGCAGACGCCCUGGCAGAAAGUCAUCAAUGACGUGUUGCCCCUUGUAUGUUUGGCCCUGGUGCCAACUCUGCUUGGCUUGGUGGGACUUUACCUCUACAACAAGGCCAACGCCCAGAAGUCUAUCAAAAAGAAAGCAAAGGACAAGAAGAGCAAGAAGAAAUAAGGACAAGGCAAAUAACUAUUUAAAUAAAAAAAUAAAAAAAUGUA